GAGUAUAAAUACUGAAGCGUUUGAGUGCAGCAUAUACAGUUUCGAUCGACUCUUACACAAUAAAACACAAAGGAACAAUAUGAGUUCCGCAUUUCAACAAAGCUGCCUUGUGAUAGUUUUUGGAUGCCUUUUGCAAACAGGACAAGCCCAAAGUAAUGCUGAAUUCACGAUUAAAGCUCGACAAAUGCUCGCAAUCUUUGGUAACCCUUCAGUCGACAGUAACACCAAAAGCCGAAAUUUGCCUGCAUUGGUGGAGUUCUAUGAGAAAUACUACAAUCGUCUGCAAACAAAUCAGGAACGGGCAAAUGCCAAUAAUGUAGUGCAGAGGUAUCGGGCACAAAAAGUCCAAACUGUGGAUGGAGUUCCCGCUCAGGGAGGAUUCUGGCUGGUAUUACCUUUGCUUCUUCCCUUUGUAGCCUCAAUUGUGGAAGGCAUUGCUAGGGCUGUUGCCAAUUAAGAGAACAUUU